AUGACGUAUCCCAACACCAGCACACUGACAGCCAAUUUCAGUGGAGCUCUGGAUGGCCAUGACUCCGGGGGAAACAUCUACCGGCCUUUUUCCGUUUUCAGCGUGCUCACUCUUACAUUACUGGCAAUGCUGGUGGUGGCUACCUUUGUGUGGAACUUGCUGGUGCUGGUGACCAUCCUGAGGGUGAGGACAUUCCACCGGGUGCCCCACAACCUUGUGGCUUCCAUGGCCAUCUCCGACGUGAUGGUGGCCGCCCUGGUGAUGCCGCUCAGCCUCGUCCACGAGCUGAACGGCAGGCUGUGGAAACUGGGCCGCGUGCUGUGCCAGGUGUGGAUCUCCUUCGACGUGCUCUGCUGCACGGCCAGCAUCUGGAACGUGACGGCCAUCGCUCUGGACCGCUACUGGUCCAUCACCAGGCACCUGGAGUACACGCUCAAGACGCGCAAGAAGAUCUCCAAUGUGAUGAUCGCACUCACGUGGCUGCUGUCCUCCAUUAUUUCCCUGUCGCCUCUUUUCGGCUGGGGGGAGACUUACACAGAGGGGAUGAAGUGCCAGGUUAGCCAGGAGCCGUCCUACACGAUCUUCUCCACCUUCGGAGCAUUUUACCUGCCACUUUGUGUGGUGCUGUUUGUUUACUGGAAGAUCUACAAGGCUGCCAAGUUUCGGAUUGGCUCCCGCAAGACCAACACAAUAACACCCAUGGCUGAGGUAAAGGACGAAACACAUCAGCCACAGAUGGUGUUUACCGUGCGCCACGCCACCGUGACCUUCCAGACAGACGGCGACACAUGGCGCGAGCAGAAGGAGAAAAAGGCGGCGCUUAUGGUAGGCAUUUUGAUCGGCGUGUUUGUACUUUGCUGGAUCCCCUUCUUCAUCACCGAGCUCAUCGUCCCGCUGUGCUCCUGUGACAUCCCGCCCAUCUGGAAGAGCAUCUUUCUGUGGCUGGGUUACUCCAACUCCUUCUUUAAUCCACUCAUAUACACCGCCUUUAAUAAGAACUACAACAAUGCCCUGAGGAACCUCUUCUCCCGGCAGCGCUGAGCCACUCAGCACGCUCGUCAGACACACUA